AUGGCCAGUCAGCCGCCAGAAGAGGCGGCCGAGUCUCAGGUCUCAGAUGAGCUGGAGUGUAAGAUUUGCUACAACCGGUACAACCUGAAACAGAGGAAGCCCAAGGUGCUGGAGUGCUGCCACCGCGUGUGUGCCAAAUGCCUGUGCAAGAUCAUCGACCUCGGGGACUCCCCGCACGGCGUCAUCGUCUGCCCUUUCUGCAGGUUCGAGACAUGCCUGCCGGAUGAUGAAGUCAGCAGCCUGCCCGACGACAACAACAUCCUGCUGAACCUGACCUGCAGCGGUGGCAAAGGCAAGAAGUGCCUGCCUGAGAACCCCACCGAGCUGUUGCUGACCCCCAAGCGGCUGGCCUCGCUGGUCAGCCCUUCCCACGCGUCCUCCAACUGCCUGGUCAUCACCAUCAUGGAGGUGCAGCGGGAGAGCUCGCCCUCGCUCAGCUCCACGCCCGUGGUCGAGUUCUACCGGCCCUCCAGCUUCGACUCGGUGACCACCGCCGUGUCGCACAACUGGACCAUGUGGAACUGCACGUCCCUGGUCUUUCAGACGUCCAUCCGGGUGCUGGUGUGGUUGCUGGGCUUGCUGUACUUCAGCUCGCUGCCCUUGGGCAUCUACUUACUGGUCUCCAAGAAGGUCACGCUGGGGGUUGUCUUUGUCAGCCUGGUCCCCUCCAGCCUUGUCAUCCUGAUGGUGUACGGCUUCUGCCAGUGCGUCUGCCACGAAUUCCUAGACUGUCUGGCACCAUCCUCUUAA